AGAGAAGCCCGUCUCUUAUCUGCAUCUCUGCUCUACUCAUCAGUUGCUCCACUCGCUGCUUGGAAAUACAAUUCUCUGCUGGUAAAAAGCAUUUGUAUUGUAGUCCAAUAAGUCUACGAUGUUUUUGUUUUGUUUGACUCAAUAUACAUCCCAUUUCAAAGCACAAUAAUUAUUACAUCGUCUAGUAAGAUGUUACGUAACGUAAUUGAACUUCUCCCAAAAUUUCGGCAGCGCGAAAAAAGCUGAAGUUUAUAAAAAUUUAGCAACAUAAUUGAGAUAGCUGGUGACUACUAUAGACUAGAACAAUAGUCAUAUCUGUCUCUUUCUGUUCUGGGUUGUUUGAACAGUGUGGGAAGCGCUUAGCUAUAGUUUGAAUACGACAUUCGCUGCUCCAGCUCGGUCAAAAAAUCAUUAACGCGUCCUUCGCGAAACCAGCAAUGUUUCGCAGUUCCCGAGCUCUCUUUUCUCAGGUGCCUUGUCCGGGACUUCCGAAAUGUCGAGCUCCAUUUUGUCUGUUCAGUCAUCCCGCUUCAGCUCUUGCUAGUGCGAGGUCCAUUUCGAGUGCUUCGGUCGACAGGAAACGAAAACAUUCUGUCUCGCGCUCGCCUUCACCAGCGAGAUCGUCAAUCAGCGGCAACACUCCAGGAAAACAAAAUCUCCCUCGGAUUUCGAAUGAGCCUCCUGCUCCUAGACGGAAUUUCUCGACUGGCCUGGGAAAUGCGAGGCUAUCGAGGCGGGAUCCUAUAUCGACUAAAAAGGACGGAUCGUCUGACCUCCAGUCAACUGCAGACGGCAAAGCCACGGCCACGAACAAGGCAGCCGGGACCUCGAUUCGAAUAGAUUCUGACAACCUGUUUGGUUCGAUACUUGGAUCAUUUGAAAAUAUGACCAACAAACAGCGCUCAGCACAACCUGCACCUAAGAGCGUGCGGCCGGUUACCUCCCAGUCCGAAUCGAAAUCGCUUAAUUCAAUUUCUACGAAAGAAAGUCCGCCUGCUACUGAUCCCCCGACCAUUUUUAUUCACCCGAUCAAGCCUAAUCCCCCUGCCGUUCAACAACAACGUUCUCAGUUUGCCAAAGUCAUUGCGGAUACUCUACGUGAUAAACAGUUGAGCGCGACUCCGAAUUACGAUGCGAGUUGUCGGGAACGGGAGAUAGCACAGAAGACCACAUCAGCGACAUACACCAGUACCAUUAAAUUUUAUAUCAUUGGCCUGAGAAAGAUGACGAAAGAGGACUACUCAAAGACUUUGCAGAAGAAGGAGAAAUCAGCUUCGGGAAAGCAGCUAUCGACGCCCAACACUGCUGCUUCUGCCUCGAGCGGAGCUGGUACAGCGCAACCCCAGAUGACCGACGAAGAGAUUUUAACCAGGCUAGAAGAUCUGGUCAUCAGCAAAGACAAACUGAAGGAUUGUGGAUUCACAGUUGAACUGCCUUCUGCAAAAGAACUCACCGAAGCGACCGAAGCCGACAAAGCUGCUGGCGGAUACGAGUUAUGCGAACGAUGCUCGACACGCUUUCACCCGAAUAUGGCACCCCUGUCUGAAUGUGUCUUUCACUGGGCUAGGCCGUAUACGAGAACUCAGACCGAUCUCACCAGAGUCAGGAUUUACCCUUGCUGUGGGGAAGAAGCCGGCGCCAGCAGAGGAUGCACAACCAGCAACGAGCACGUCUACCACGUUACAGCUCCUGCUCGACUGGCAAACACUAUCCCGUUUGUUGAAACAACAGAGAAGGGUCCCCACUUCCCGAAAGCCGUAUCUUUGGACUGCGAGAUGGGUUACACGACUCUAGGAGUCGAACUUAUUCGCGUUACGAUUUUGGACUACCCUUCCAACAAAGUGUUAUAUGACACUCUCGUGAAACCCAUCGGCCGUGUGAUCGAUCUCAAUACCCGGUUCUCUGGUGUCACCUCUCUGGACAAGAAUCCAGAUGGCUCGGAAGUUCCGGCGUUUGGCACCGCGAGAAGAGAGAUUCUUUCAAAAUAUCUUGGCAAGCACACAGUUCUUCUGGGCCACGGCCUGGAAAACGAUCUCGCAAGUAUGCGAAUCAUACAUACCAGAGUCGUUGAUUCGUCCCUCAUUUAUCUUCACGAGGACCCCAGGCUUGCGUCUCUGAACAUACGAAUGAGCCUUCGUAAUCUGGCUAAGAAGCACCUCGAUCGAGAUAUUCAAGUUCGAUCCUUCGACCCAGCCGACAAAGUCGGUCACGACAGUUGGGAAGAUGCCAAAGCUGCAGCUGAUUUGAUUACGCAGAAGCUUCUCACUAUUAAAAGAUUGGAACUCCAGUAUCAGAUGUUCAAUCGGAUUUUGAAGAGUGAUAUACCUCCGUCAGCCUCAGCCAGCCAGAAAUAGUGGUUUUGAUGAGACUGAAGAGAUUUCAGCCUUGUGUAUUAGUAACACGGUUGUCGUUAGUUUGCAUUGUUAAGGAAAAGCUUUUGGAGUUUUUGACCUAAAAAUUGUUUUUUUGACCUCCUCUCCACAUUUUAGAUGGCUGAGUAAAUCAGAUUGUUUCAAACUACUUAAAAUUCACGAUAAUCCCUUCACAAAAAACACCCAAAUUCAAACCCAAAACAAAUAUCACCCUCAUUCGGUACGAUCAUUUCUUUCG